UCACUUAGCCAGUGAGCAAGUGCUAGAUAGAACCUCUAACUGAAAGUAUUCUUUCAGUGAAUUCCGGAGCGUGCAGUCGAGUUAAAUUUUGCUCUAUCUUAAAUUCCGUUUAGUUACCGUCGGUAUCCUAUCUGUUCCUAGUGGACAAUGUGUUCGGGUUUCGUUAAGUAUUUGGUGUUUGAAUAAAAUCCCGGAGUGCUUCUGAAUAGUGUAAAAUAUAAUAUUUCGUGUCCUCUUGAUAAGAUUCCCUCGAUUCCUAAGUAAAUGUGGCAUUUGAAGAACUCCGUUAUGGCCGCCCGACAUGAUUGUACGGUUUGUUUCCCGUGCUCGAUCAUUCUUUUUACUACAAUCAUGGUUGGGCGCCUAAGCUCGCGAUUGCCAUUUCGUCCUUCGUCUUUAACUAAAUUAGGAUUUCCUUCUGAAUUUGAGUGCUAUAAGUGUCCUAUUGACUGAUGUUAAUAUUACUUCGGCAAGAUGGUCUCCAAAGUGCGGAAAACCUCGAUCGUGAUAAAUAUGAAAACUUUCUGUUCUGUGCUUAAAAUAGAGUGUGGUGUGGACUCAGUAUGUUAUAUAGUAUGCCCGUCACUAAGGAAUAAUGUUCGAAAAAGGGAGAUUGUUAUUUUCCUAAAACGCAGAACAAGUUUUUUGCAGUAAACAAGUUCUACUGUCCCAGCAUUUGUCGGAAUUACAGUGAAUUCCGGAGCGUGCAGUCGAGUUAAAUUUUGCUGUAUCUUAAAUUCCGUUUAGUUACCGUCGGUAUUCUAUCUGUUCCUAGUGGACAACGUGUUCGAGUUUCGUUAAGUAUUUGGUGUAUAAAUAAAAUCGCGGAGUGCUUUUGGAUAGUGUAAAAUAUAAUAUUUCGUGUCCUCUUGAUAAGAUUCCCUCGAUUCCUAAGUAAAUGUGGCAUUUGAAGAACUCCGUUAUGGCCGCCCGGCAUGAUUGUACGGUUUGCUUCCCGUGCUCGAUCGUCCUUUUUACUACAAUUAUCGUUCGGCGCAUAAGCUCGCGAUUGCCAUUUCGUCCUUCGUCUUUAACUAAAUUAGGACUUCCUUCCGAAUUUGAGUGCUAUAAGUGUCCUAUUGGCUGAUGUUAAUAUUACUUCGGCAAGAUGGUCUCCAAAGUGCGGCAAACCUCGAUCGUGAUAAAUAUGAAAACUUUCGGUGCUUAAAAUAGAGUGUGGUGUGGACUCAGUAUGUUAUAUAGUAUCAUCAUCAUCAACGGCGCAACAACUGGUAUCCGGUCUAGGCCUGCCUUAAUAAGGAACUCCAGACAUCCCAGUUUUUGCCGAGGUCCACCAAUUCGAUAUAUAGUGCGCCCGUCACUAAGGAACAAUGUUCGAAAAACCGGACCAAAACCGUGCCUCAUGCGGACGUCGACUGCAGCUCUAAAAGACGAGAUCAAUUCCGAAGCGUGUCCAGAUCUAGAUCAACAAAAUUGUCGGACAAUCUGUGCUGCCAGAGGAUAUAAGGAGAGCUUGCAGGACCUUCGAGAUCGUGUUGCUGAAGGCGCACCUGCUGCUGAGUUGGAACAUCACCACCCGCGAAUGGCUAAGCGUUUGCACCUACGUAAAUCCUUCAUUUUGGGACCACUCACAGUUUCUUCGCUGGACUCUGCUGCGGAUCUGUCGGCAAAUGUCCUUGGUAGCCCUCGAAACUGCCCAGGGAGACAGUGCGUCCUAUGAUUGUGUUUUUUGUUAAUAUAAACAACCACUUUGCAUUUGAAAUGUUCAUAAAUAUAUGUGUCGAUAUCCUUGAUCAAUUCCUGUCAAUAAAGUUUCAUCCACACGUAAUCUGAUAUCUUUUUAUUUAAAUUGGAAUAAAAACGCUUGAAAUGCGUGGAUCCGUCGUCAGGAAGGUAAGCAUUCCGCCAUCACAUCCCUACAUCAUCCCUUUCUCGUCUCCGCACGAUGACUUUUCCAAAAUGGCCAGAAAAAUCUUUCAAAUCCAACAAACAACGUCCCCAUCUGACCGGCCCGAGCAAUUUUGCUUGCGAUCGAAAUUUACGAAAAUUCUGCCCAGAGUACUAGGCGACCAGAACCCGCAGCAGGUAAAAUAGUUCGGCUCAAGUUGGGCCGAGGCGCUUUGUUUUGUAAACAAAAUCUGUUUUGUUUACAUUGUUGGCUAUUGAAUUGUGAAUUAUAUGGAGGGUAAU